AUGGGGCAGCCGCACUUCUCGAGACCGGUAAAUCCAGCUGCUUUUGCCGAAGAGGUGGAUCACCCCCCAACUGAUGCCGGCAUGGGGGUAGACGUUUUGGAAUCGGGUGACACUACACCUCCUACAAAGAGGAAAAGCAAAUUCUCAAGCUUUGGCAAGAUCUUCAAACCCUGGAAGUGGAGGAAAAAGAAAAGCAGUGACAAAUUUAAGGAGACUUCGGAAGUUUUAGAACGAAAGAUUUCUAUGCGAAAGCCAAGAGAGGAGCUGGUAAAAAGAGGGGUUCUGUUGGAAGACCCUGAGCAGGAUGGUGAAGAACCAGACAAGCUGAACCCGCCCGCACUGAAGAAUGGUCACACAGUCCCAAUCGGUGGUCCCGGGGUUUGUAACCUGGCCAGCCAGGAGGAAGAGGCCACAAAGCCAUCCAGCCUUAGGAAGCCUGUUCCACCUGAGGAACCAAAGAAAAGGCAGGGCUCAUCCAGCAGCCACUCUGGGCCCGAACCGGAACCACCUCAGGAGCCCUAUGUUCCCAGACAGCCUCUGCUUCCUCCAAAAAGACCUCCCUCCACUUCUCAGGAGGCAAACGAAGCACAGGCGAAGGAUCCAAUGCCUGCUAGCAGUGCUGCAAAAACUGCACCCUCCACCACAGCCCCUGUUGUGGCAAAGACAGUCAAUUCCACAGCCGCCCCUUCCCCAGCCCCCAGGACUCUGCCCCCUGCUCUUACCAGUGCCAACACUACUGCUCCCACGAGUACAACCAGCACAGCUCCUGCCAAACAGCCUCCCGUCCCUCCUCCCAAACCUGUCAACAGGAAUAGCAACUCAGUAAUAGCUGAACUUUCUCAAGCAAUGAACAGUGGUACAGGCUUGUCCAAGCCUUCCCCUCCUCUCCCACCGAAGAGAGGCCUCCUGCCUAACAACACGUCAGAGGCAGCUAUCGCUUCCAAGCCCCCGAACGACAGGACAGUGACAGCUAACCGCCCCACACUGAUACCAAUGCACAUGACCUCUGCUUACCCGCCACCCUCGCCUUCGCCGCCGCUGCCCACGCACAUACCCCCUGAGCCUCCACGCAUGCCCUUGCCUCCCUCCACCCCUGUCUCUGACCCUCCACGCUCCUUAGACCUACCCAAAGAGACUCCUCCUCAAGACUUCAGGUCCUUGGAAGUGUCGAAGAGGAUGGCAGAGCAAGGGUUUGUCGAACCUCACGUGCUGCCUCGCCUGCCCCCAAUCCCAUUGCACAUCCGUAUUCAGCAGGCUCUGACAAGUCCUCUGCCUGUCACCCCGCCUGCUGAGGGGUCGCACAGGGCUCACUCGCUGCUCUUCGAGAAUGAUGGCUUUGGAGAGGACAAUGGCACCCUGGGCAGGACGAGGUCCCUGCCUGUCACCAUCGAGAUGCUGAAAGUUCCAGAUGAUGAGGAAGAGGAAGAAGAUGACCAGGAAGAGGAGCAGAAUUUGGGCCCUCGUGUGUAUAUUGGAGAUGUGCCAUCUGUCACAGUCAUCCCAAAACUGGUACCCCAGGUCCUGCCAGAGGAGCAGGAAGGAGAUGAAGGGAUGAGCGACUCUGACUCGGAGGGGCCCAUCCUGUACAAAGAUGAUGAGGAUGAGGAAGAAGAUGAAAGCCAUAACAGCACGCUGGCUAACAAAGUGAAGAGGAAAGACACGCUAGCUAUAAAGCUGGGGAAUGCAACCACGCCGCAGGAGGAGAAGAUUGUCUUCCCUCGGAAGACCAAGGAGGAGUGGAACGAAAUUCGGCAGCAGAUUGGGACGACGUUGAUCAGGCGACUGAGCCAGAGACCAACAGCAGAAGAACUGGAGCAGAGGAACAUACUUCAACCGAAAAAUGAAGCUGACCGUCAAGCUGAGAAGCGAGAGAUCAAACGCAGGCUCACCAGAAAGCUUAGCCAAAGGCCUACAGUGGCGGAGCUGCAGGCCAGGAAGAUCCUGAGGUUUAAUGAAUAUGUGGAAGUAACAGACGCUCAAGACUAUGACCGGCGAGCAGAUAAGCCAUGGACAAAGCUAACACCGGCCGACAAGGCUGCUAUCCGGAAGGAGCUGAAUGAGUUUAAGAGCUGUGAAAUGGAAGUCCACGAGGACAGCAAGCAGUUCACGAGGUACCAUCGACCAUAAUCUUCCAAGAAGGGAGCAAGAGACCCAAGAGGACUGGAAGUUCUCUGCAUCCCUCCCCUAGGCAAU